UGAGCGCAUAUAGGUAGUCGUGAGAAGAGUCAGUCAGUGACGGGUUGUGUCUUUAGUGGCGUGGUGAACGAUUGAGUCGAGCCGCUUGUGUUAAAAAAUGAGCUGGCAGGAUUACGUUGACAAGCAGCUGCUCGCGUCUAGGUGUGUUACCAAAGCUGCAAUCGCGGGACACGAUGGCAACCUUUGGGCAAAGUCUGAAGGCUUCGAAGUAAGUAAAGAAGAGUUGACAAAAUUGGUCCAGGGAUUCGACGAGCAGGAUAUUCUGACGUCGUCGGGUGUCACCUUGGCCGGCAACAGGUACAUUUACCUGUCAGGUACGGAUCGAGUGAUAAGGGCAAAGCUUGGCAAAGUCGGCGUCCACUGCAUGAAGACGACGCAAGCGGUAGUUGUUUCUCUUUACGAAGACCCUAUACAGCCACAGCAAGCCGCAUCGGUCGUUGAAAAACUCGGGGACUACCUUGUGUCCUGCGGCUAUUAGGUUGGUAUAUACGUACUAACCUCUGGGACCCAACAUAAAUAUCUAAUAUUAAUAUUAAACGAUACGAUCGAUUAUUUUAAUGAACAGCGAAUGGAAUGCGUCAUGCCGCACGAGUCGCGCCGGAACUGCCGCAAGCUUGCCGCGCGACAUUCGAUGAAGAGCAACAACUACAUCAGCAACAACACCAGCAACACAGCUAUCAUAUUCCAGUCGUCGUUCUCUCCUCUUCGAUUCGGCCGAUCGACGUUCGGGGAACAGACGCACGCGCUCACGUGUGCGUAAUAACUUCCGAAAAAAGCUCCUAAGCAUUUACUUGGAAAAUGAUCGCGCAAAUUGUAAUCGAUGAAGGGCGGUCUUUUCAUUGUUUUCGUUUCAUCGUAGCACCCAUGUUUCGAAUUUUUAUGUCCGUUUGUGUAUUCACGACCGAGAUAAUGUCAGUACUAUAACGACAGGAAUUCCGAAAGCUUCGAUGAAGACAAAGGAAAAAAACGCUUUUUUACAAUUGAAUAAUAAAACGAAAAAUUAUGAACCGCAAGUACCAUGCAGUUUUACAUUUAUACGCACCAUAACAACAGAUAAGUAUUUACCUCAGAAGUGAUAAUGACAUAUACAGUGAGCCGAUAUGAAUUAAACGAGGGGAAAAAGAAGAAACAUCUUUUAUUUGCGAACGAUCGUAUUAUGUCGAUUCGUUGACGGAGAGACAAAAAUACACGAGACGCAUGCAUUAAGUAUAAGAAAUAAUGAUAAUAAAUAAUAGUAAACUAUUGCGUGUUAGGUUUACAGUCUUUUUUGUAGAGAAUGAAAGGAUGUUAGAGACGGUGAGACAGAGAGAGAAAGAGAGAGAGAGUGCGAGCGUUAGAGAAAGUUUGAUGGAAUAAAAGAAGAGGUGAUGAUGGAGAAAUGGGCGUGAAAGAUGAAGCAAAUGAUCGAGAGGUAACUAACGAAUUAGAAAGAGAGGGAGUGAGCGUGUGAGUGGGAAUAAUAAGGGAAAAGGGGGAGGUAGAAUGUGAAUGAAAAAAUUAAUUUCGAGGAUUGAAGAAUCGCGAAGAGAAGCGGUGUCUGGAAAUGUGUAAGAGAGCGCAAUAGAGGUAUAACACCGAUGAUAGAUACGGAAUAAGAUGAUGAAAGAGGCAAAAGCGAAGUGAAGCUACAGUCGAUGAGACAGUUGACAGCAAUGGUGGCGGUGAGAGGACGGUGCGGACGAUGCAGGCAAACGUGCGGUAGGGGGUGAAAAGGCGUGGAUUGAUUGUAAUCCUGGCUGGCCUCUCCCUCCCCCAUCCAGAUCGAUACAACCCUUUUAACUAUUUACUCUCUUUAAUAUUGCUAUGUGUAAGAAGAAUAAAACAAAUCGGGGAAUGUGUCACUUAUCGAUAAGAGAAAGAAAUACAGAGAGAAAGAGAGAGAGAGAGAGAAAGAAAGAAAGAGAGAGAGAGAGAAAGCGAGGGACAGGGGUGAGAACUGGAACGAGAAAAAGAGUCGCAAGAUGUACACCAAGAUAAUAUAAAUAUAUAAAUAUGACAUUUUCAAGCGCGCGUGGCAUGCAUACAAAACACGAACACGAUUGCGAAAGUUGAAAGGUAGAACUAUACACGGAACAAGAAUACACAUAUAAUUCGAUUUUCUAUAAUUUUUAUAUCUUCAUUUAUUCAUUUACAUCUUAGUUUUAGUUUCUUCUUUUAUAUAAUCAAUGUUCCGUAUCUAAUGCAACUGAUUAUAAUCGAAGAUAGUCUCUUACGUUCGAUACGUGGGUCUAAUAAAAAAUCAAAUCUAUGAAAAUAAAAAUUUGGAUUUAUAUUAAAACAUAUUCGGAAGAGCAACGUGGUUCUGCUUGGCCGUGUAAACGUUUCUCAUUCGACUAGCGCAGUCUUCUAUAAGUUAUACCAAGAGGAACACCCCCGCAGUCGUAUACAGACGCGCAUGUACACUCACAUACACAUACACACACAUCUAAUACACGAUACGGCUAUCAUUUAUUAUUACUGUAAUAUUACUGCUACUAUUAUUAUUAUAACUGGUUGCUUGUCGAUUCGGCUGGUGUCAAGCAGCAACCCAAACUACUAUGUAACGAUUUUUAUUGAUAACAAAAUAAGGAAUAAACAUUGAAGUAAUAAUUGUAAUAAAAAGGUAACUCCCA